AUGCAGGGGCAUAAUCGAUUGUAUGAAGGUUUGAUUAACAUGGUGGAUAGUGAAGAAAUUGAGUAUUGCUUCCCAAACAACAAUUUGUCAUGUAUCAGAGAAAUCAGACCUGAAGUGGAGUCCAUCGUUUUGUACAUGAUUAUAUUUUCAGCAUCGAUCUUAACUGUGUUUCUGAAUCUGCUGGUGAUCAUUUCUAUUUCUCACUUCAAGAAGCUUCACACUCCAACUAAUCUGCUCAUUCUGUCUCUGGCUGUGGCCGAUCUGAUCGUGGGACUCAUUGUUAUACCGCUGAUGGGUGUCAGAUACAUUGAAACAUGUUGGUACUUUGGAGAAACAUUUUGUUCGAUUUUCUUAUUAAUUUCUUUAAUAGUUGUUUCAGCAUCUCUUGGUAAUUUGGUUUUUAUUUCUGUGGAUCGUUUCAUUGCUGUGACUGACCCUUUGAGAUACACAGUAAGAGUCACGACUUAUAAAACUGUAUUUUGCAUUAUUAUCAAUUGGAUAUGUUCAGUCAUAUAUUCUCUCUUCUUAUAUGAUGCUUUAACACAGGAUGGGUGUUUUGGAGACUGUGCAAUUUAUUUUAAGUUUCAUCAUAUUGUCAUGGACCUAAUUGUCACUUUAAUUGCCCCAUGUUUUGUAAUCAUGUCUUUAUACAUGAAAAUCUUUUGUGUUGCAAAACACCAGGCCAAGGUUGUAAGUUGUAACACGGGCAUCAGCAGGUCGGAGAGAAAGGCAGCCAAAACUUUGGGGAUUGUGGUAGUGGUUUACUUUCUUUGUUGGAUCCCUUACUACAUGGUAAUCCUUAUUGAAGGGAAUGAGUCAACAGUAUCCAUUGAAUUUAAUUUAACCUGUUGGGUUGUUUACAUGAAUUCAUGUAUGAAUCCACUUAUUUAUGCUCUGUUUUAUAGAUGGUUUAGAGUAUCAGCCAAACACAUUUUGACUUUACAAAUAUUUAAACCGUCAUCAGAAUACUUGGAUCUUUUCACAGAGUAUGAAUGA